GUAUGCAAUAAGGUGUGAAAGCGUAGUUCUGCUGACAUCUAGGAAAGCAACCUUUUCAAUUUGCACGGUUGUUAAGAAACGCGCUGGAUGUGGCUGUUGAAAAGAAGUACAAUAUACACACGGUAGAGUUAUAGUGGCAACUAUGGUGGGAAUAGAUAAAAGAAAAUGUGCAUAGCAAACUUUAUAUAAACAAAGAAUCUUCAACCACCGAGAUGGUUCAAGUACUUUCUACAAACGGACCGAUGGUCGUAAGAACCUGCUCUUUACUAUGUGAGUCUGCUUCGUGCUGGAACAUGCCGCAAGGAAGGGUAUACUGUUUUUUAGCCACAUAAACAAUCCUACCUUGUUCACCUGGUUCGCUUGCCAUAAGGCAGUGACGAUUAAAAUAGCUAACCGUCUCGGGAAUCAGACGAUCUACAGUGAAAGCAGAAUAGCUUGCAUGGAAUAGAAGCAUGCAGAUAACAUAUAGCAACCACAUUUUUCUUAUCCAAGCUCUUAUGUUCAUGGGGUUGAAGGUUUUGAUAGACCAACAUUAUGAGAUGAAUGUUUUGUAUGGUUUGGCACGCGAGUGUACCACGCGGGAUACAGACAAAUAUACAAACUUUCAAUAAAAAAAAUUGAAAGUGCCGCACCCAUCUAUUUAUUCUUAUUGCUGACACACUAGCGGCACUCCCUCCCAUCUUGAACGGCUGAAAGGCUUCAUAAUGACCUCGUCCUAUGAACGUAUCAAAUCUGAAUGCAAGCAGAAAGGUGUUUUAUGGGAAGACGAAGAUUUCCCUGCAACGCAAUCGUCCGUCUUUUACCAUCAAACGCCACCGUUCACCUUCCAAUGGAAAAGACCACACGAGAUCGUCUCAAAUCCGGUAUUCGUCAACGAUGCGUCCGCACAGUUCGAUAUUGUGCCUGGCAAGAUGGGCGAUCGUUGGCUGGUGUCGUGUUUGGGCGUACUUUACCUUUCAAAAGGGUUGUUUUAUCGAGUUGUACCGGCUGAUCAGAAUUUCGACAAACCGUACUAUGGAGUGUUUCGUUUUCGACUUUGGUGGUGUGGCGAAUGGUUAGAGGUGUUAGUUGAUGAUCGAUUACCCACAAUAAAUGGCAAGUUGGCCUUCCUUCAAGCGCAGAACACCAACUCUUUCUGGCCAGGUUUGUUGGAGAAAGCUUAUGCAAAAUUGCAUGGAUCAUAUGAAGCGUUGAAGUAUGGUACACUGCUGGACGGAUUGGCUGACUUAACUGGUGGUAUCACUGAGUCAAUAUCUAUCAAGGUAGAGAGUAAUAUCCUCAUUCGACCACCCCUUCUGCAUAACCUAUUGGACACAACGAGCAUCAUAACCUGCACAAUCAACAAUGGUACCAUGACACAGAUCCGUAAUCAAACUGAGGCUUUGCCGAACGGAAUCCACGUGGGAAUUAAUUAUCGCUUGUGUUCGAUGGACAAGGCCGAAACUAUCAUGGGUGACACAGUUCAGCUAGUACGCCUACGAAAUCCUUUGGCUCAAACGCUCAGCAAAUCAUUUAACUUUAACGGCGACUGGUCAUCAUUUUCCAAUUCCUGGGAACGUGUAACAAUGAACGAAAGGAAUCGGCUCAUUGAGCAACUCGAUCAGGGUGAAUUCUGGAUGUCAUUUUUCGAUAUGACCCAAACCUUUACGCAUCUUGAAUGCGUUCAUCUUGACUCGGAUACGGCUAGGGAUGAACCUCAAUUAGCAGAUAAAAGUCGUCGCUGGCUAAUGCGACUCUAUCAGGGUGCUUGGAAACGGGGAGUUACGGCAGGUGGAUGUCGCAACAAUCCGGACUCUUUCCACAUCAAUCCCCAGCUACAACUGUUUCUCAGUGAAAAAGAGGAUGUCAUCAUUUCUGUGAACCAGCAUAGCGUGCUUGAACCAAAAGUAAUCGGUUUCACAGUAUACAAUCUGAAUAGCGUGCAAAACAUCAAUGGUUGUCUUUCGAAAAAUUUCUUUAAGAAGCACAAAAGCUUAGUCAACUCCCAAUACACCAACUCGCGACAAAUUAGUCACCGAUGUUCACUUGAUUCUGGCCGCUAUCUUAUCAUGGCCACUACAUUCGAGCCUGCCGAGGAAGCAUCAUUCAGUGUCAGGGUCUUGGGAAGUACCAUUCGAUUGGCUCUUCUUGAAACUCAAACCAUGCUUUUACUAGAUCCGUUCCCGCUGCUCAACUCUAACACCAAGAUUACCAUUGAUUCAACAAAUAAUAACAACAAUAAUAAUGGCAUCUCUUGUAGUACUGCGCAGUAUGAACCAGUUUUUAUGCAACUUGCGGAUGAUCAAAGAACGUUGAAUUGUUUUGAUUUGCAAGAAUUACUCGAAGCGUGCCUUCCUAAUGAUUACAUUCGAAGCUGUGCCAGUAUAGAUGUUUGUAGACAAGUGGUAUGUUUAAUGGAUAAAACGAAUCGUGGUCGUAUAAAUUUUAACGAUUUCAACAAGUUUAUGAUAAAUCUCAAAACUUGGUGGGGAGUAUUCAAGAUGCACACAAAAGAAAAAUCGGGCAUACUGAAGGCAGAACGAUUACGAGACGCACUUUUCGAUGUUGGAUUCCAGCUCAGUACGGAUAACAUUUCCAUCCUUAUUUUACGAUACAUGCGAAGGGAUGGAACACUUCGAUUAGCUGACUUUAUUUCAGCAAUUCUGCAUCUAACUAUGGCUUUCGAGUUGUUCAAAGCAAAGGAUACGAAUCAAGAUGGAAUCAUUAGUAUGGGAAUGACUGAGUGGAUUAAAUCUGUUUUUAUGUGCUAGAUUAUGCACAAAGUGUAUAAAAAUAUCUAAGCAUAUAUUUUUCAGUUAUUUGACUUUCGACCGCAGCAAUCAUCAUGAAGUAUCAUCUUUAAAUACGUUGAUGAUUUGAUGACGAAGGUGAUGAACAUGGAUGUUACAUAAUUGAAGUGCGCUCAAAACGGAAUUUUCGUUGCUUUGUUUAAUUUACUUCUUUAUGUAAUAUAUCUACUGUCAAACUUGCUUUACUCAUAAGAUAGCUAUAUUCCGUCCACAAAACCAUAAACAUAAGUUAAACGUUGUUGUUUCUACGCAAUUGUAACCGAAUGAUGUUAGCAAAGUAGCGCAUAACACACAACAACAUGCUUCUGCAAAGCAGUGGAAUUCUGAAAACCCGGAGAAGUGAUAUCAGGAAUGUAAAUAAAUUAAUUGAUUAAGUUAAACUACGGACGGAUAUAAAUUAUUGUACAGCGUUGAAAUAUGCAUGAUUACUAGAACAUAUGGCAUUCAGCAAACCAA